AUGGCGGACGCGCCGCAGGGGCUACUGGGGGUUGUAGUCGCCGCUUCCUAUUGGCCAAUUGGGGCAGCAGCGGAGGGGGCGGGGCCGUUGCCAAGGUUACAAAGGGGCCUGCGGGGCGCACGGGGGGCGAUUCUACGGUGGCCGGGAAGGGCCGAGGCCCAGCAAUGGGCGAACGCGGAGCUGUUGCGGCAGCGGCGGCGGCGGGAACGGCGCCGGUGGGGACAAGGAAGCGGCGGGGAACGGGGGGAACGCGGCAGAGCCCCGGGGCUGGGCAGGGAGACAGCGGAGAGGAGCCUGAUGGGGACUUCAGGACCUUCGUCCUCGUUCCCGUCCCCCCCCGCCGCCCCGUCCCGGACCCGCCGCUACCGGUUCCUCUUGCGACACCGGGCGGGGCCCUGCUGGGGCAGGGUGCGGGGGAAGGGGGCACGGACUGGGUGCCACAGGGUGCAGGAGUCACUGCUCAGCUCCUCCAGUGGCUACAGCAACUACCGAGGGAUCCUCAACUGGUGUGUGGUGAUGCUGAUCCUGAGCAAUGCCAGGCUCUUCCUGGAGAAUCUUAUCAAGUAUGGGAUCUUGGUGGACCCCAUCCAGGUCAUCUCCCUGUUCCUCAAAGACCCCUACAGUUGGCCCUCCCUUUGCUUGCUCCUUGUGGCCAACGUCUUCGUCUUGGUGGCCUUGGCAGUGGAGAGACGCUUGGCAGAGGGCUCCCUUUCAGAGGGGCUGGGGACUGCUCUUCACGCCCUCAACCUCUUGGCCAUCCUCUGCUUCCCUGCCGGCAUCGUCCUCAUCGUCACCUCCAUCACCCCAGUUGGAGCUGUCUUCGCCUUGGGUAGCUACACCAUCACCUUCCUCAAGCUCUUCUCCUUCAGGGAUGUCAACAAAUGGUAUAGGGAAAGGAGGGGGGCACAAAAAGCCCCCCCAGAAGCAGCAGGAGCCAAGAAAGCCAAUGGGGAUGUGGGGCUGAAGGUGGUCACCUACCCAGACAACCUCACCUACAGCAACCUUUACUAUUUCCUCUUUGCCCCCACCCUCUGCUAUGAGCUGAACUUCCCUCGCUCCCCACGCGUCCGCAAGAGGUUCCUGCUCAGGAGGCUCCUGGAGAUGCUCUUCCUGAUGCAGCUGCUGGUGGGGCUGAUCCAGCAGUGGAUGGUACCCACGAUCCAGAAUUCCAUGAAACCCUUCCGGGACAUGGAUUAUUCCCGGAUCAUCGAGCGGCUCCUGAAGCUGGCAGUCCCCAACCACCUCAUCUGGCUCAUCUUCUUCUACUGGUUCUUCCACUCCUGCCUCAACGUGGUGGCCGAGGUGAUGCAGUUUGGGGACAGGGAGUUCUACAGGGACUGGUGGUAA